UCGGGGAGGGGGACAGACCAACCAGUUGCUGGCACCGGUUCUGGCAGCUGGGUCCAGAGAGAGGUGAGGUGGACAGAUAGACGGCAGGAGCACAGGGAGAGCGCAGCUAGCCCAGGGAGCCCCUGCCCCUCCUGUGCUGUCGCCCCACCCGGAGGGGGACAGGCGUGUGACCUUCCUGAGGGGCCUGAGCAUCCUCCCACCACCCGUGCAGCCUCCUCCCUGCUGUCAGCACACGGAGCUGCCAGGAGGGCCCGGGACACCGCUGGCCGUCGCACCUGCUCUCAUGGAGGUUGCGGAGGCAGGCGCGCGGGCCACGUUCGGAGCCUGGGACUACGGGGUCUUUGCCCUCAUGCUGCUCGUGUCCACCGGCAUCGGGCUGUGGGUCGGGCUGGCGCGGGGUGGCCAGCGCAGCGCGGAGGACUUCUUCACCGGGGGCCGCAGCCUGGCGGCCCUGCCCGUGGGCCUGUCCCUGGCGGCCAGUUUCAUGUCCGCGGUGCAGGUGCUGGGGGUGCCGGCCGAGGCCUACCGCUACGGCCUCAAGUUCCUCUGGAUGUGCCUGGGCCAGCUGCUCAACUCCCUGCUCACCGCCCAGCUCUUCCUGCCAGUCUUCUACCGCCUGGGGCUCACCAGCACCUACCAGUACCUGGAGCUACGUUUCAGCCGUGUUGUGCGGCUCUGCGGGACGCUGCAGUACCUGGUGGCCACGAUGCUCUACACCGGCAUCGUGAUCUAUGCACCUGCGCUCAUCCUGAACCAAGUGACCGGGCUGGACAUCUGGGCGUCCCUCCUGUCCACCGGAAUUAUCUGCACUUUUUACACGACUGUGGGCGGCAUGAAGGCUGUGAUUUGGACGGAUGUGUUCCAGGUGGUGGUGAUGCUGGCUGGCUUCUGGGCCAUCCUGGUCCGUGGCACCAUGCUCAUGGGAGGACCCUGGCGCGUGCUCGGGCUUGCUCAGAAUCACUCGAGGGUCAACCUGCUGGAUUUCGACCCCGAUCCUCGGAGCCGCUACACGUUCUGGACAUUCGUGGUGGGAGGCACGCUGGUGUGGCUCUCCAUGUAUGGCGUGAACCAGGCCCAGGUGCAGCGCUACGUGGCCUGCCGCUCGGAGGGACAGGCCAGGCUGGCCCUCCUCAUCAACCAGCUGGGACUGGUCCUGAUCGUGUCCAGCGCAGCUUUCUGCGGCAUCGUCAUGUUCGUGUUCUACAGCAACUGUGACCCUCUCCUCACGGGGCGCAUCUCUGCCCCUGAUCAGUACAUGCCCCUGCUGGUGCUGGACAUCUUCAAGGAGCUGCCUGGAGUCCCCGGGCUCUUUCUUGCCUGUGCCUACAGUGGUACCCUCAGCACCGCAUCCACCAGCAUCAAUGCCAUGGCCGCAGUCACCGUGGAAGACCUCAUCAAGCCCCGGCUGCCCAACCUGGCGCCCCGGAAGCUCGUGAUUAUCUCCAAGGGGCUCUCGCUCGUCUACGGCUCAGCCUGUCUCACGGUGGCGGCUCUGUCUUCGCUACUGGGGGGCGGUGUCCUCCAGGGGUCCUUCACAGUCAUGGGUGUCAUCAGCGGCCCCCUGCUGGGGGCCUUCGUCCUGGGGAUGUUCCUUCCCGCCUGCAACACGCGGGGUGUCCUCUCCGGCUUGGUCGCCGGCUUGUCUCUCUCGCUGUGGGUGGCCAUGGGUGCCACGCUUUACCCACCCAGUGCACAGAUCAUGGGGGUCCUGCCGUCAUCCACUUCUGGCUGCGUGACUCUCUCAGCCAACACCUCUGUCCUUCUGGAUUCGAUCCUCGCUACCAACGCCUCCAGCAGGACCUCUAGCUCCAGCAUGGACCCAACAAGGCCGGCCUUAGCGGACAGCUUCUACGCCAUCUCCUAUCUGUACUACGGAGCCCUAGGCACGCUGACCACUAUGCUGUGCGGAGCCCUCGUCAGCUAUCUGACUGGCCCUACCAAGCGCAGCGCCCUGGGCCCUGGGUUGCUCUGGUGGGACCUUGCUCGACAGACAGCAUCAGUGGCCCCCAAGGAGGAAAUAAGCACCCUGGAUGACAGAUUGGUGAAGGGUCCUGAAGAAUUCCUUCCUGGAACCAAAAAGCCCCGUGGAUUCCUGCCCACUGAUGAGGCCCAUCCUCUCUUCCUGGGGCAGGAGCUGGAAGAGGCCCGCACCUGGAGCCCCAGCCCUGGACACAGUGGUGGUCAAGACCAUGGAGAGACAAACCUCUGAAGGCAGGGCCAGCCUGGACCAACCACCUUGGGUGGAAUCUCAUGGUGGACCAAUCCCAGGCCACCAGCCAACAGGCUCCACCUCUGAUUGGCUGGAGGGCAUAAGAUGCAAAUAAGCCUGGUACUACAGACCCGAGACUCCACCACCAGGAGGUCAUUUCUCCCAGCUUUGCUCCUCCUGCGAGCCGCUGUACCCCUUCUCACCCUGCCCCACAAAAUGAGGCUGGAUCUUUCUCUAUCCACAAUGAGAAAGAUUUUGUUUUCUCUUCUGAACAACAUAGAAAACCCCUAGAUCUGCCAGGAGUGGUGGCACAGGUGGGUAAUCCCAGUGGCUCAGGAAGCUGAGGCAGGAGGAUCAUGAGUUUAAAGCCAAACUCAGCAAUGGCA